AUGAAGUUGCGGCCGCUGGAGAAGUCGGGGAAUGGUGGAGCUGGGUUAGGUUGGAUGGCGGUCGACGGGAGAGAGGGCGGAGUUGGGGAGGUUCGGUUGGAACUUCAGUCGUGCUCGUCGCGGUGGGUUGCGGAGGUGGUCGGCCGGACAGUGAAGACGAGGGACCGGGACCAAGUAUCCCUGCCGCCGGUGAGGGGCCGCCGGCGUGGAGGAGGAAUGGCGACGGCACUCAUCUUCUCCAGCGGGCCAUCCUCCGGCAGCGGACUGUGCGACCCGAAGUCAGGCGACCGGCUUUCUGUUCUCAGCUCCAAGGAAGUCGUCGACCGGCGGGGCUGUCAGACUGAGGGAAGUGGACGGCGGCGGGCAGGUGCGGCUGCGCGGUGCUACCGAAGGCGGCGGAAGGGCUGUUGUAAGUGGACGGCUGCGGAACAGAGGAGCGUGUGUAGAGGCGCGGCGGCGCUGCGUCGUCGUCGGCGGCGGAAUCGCUGGGAGAAGUGA